UAUGACACAUCAGUAAUGUUUUAUCAAAAAACAAGAAUGACAAAAAAAUUGGUUUUGCGUUGUCAGUUUGAUGGUGGUCAAAGAAAGACAUUGGAUGGUUUAACUUCUAGCUCUACUAUUAGACAACUCCAAGAAGCUAUUUAUCAAUUGACGUCUAUUCCACAGUCUAUACAAAAAGUGAUGUGUGGAUAUCCUCCUAAAACAAUCGACUUUACAAACCCAGAUACUUUGCUCGAGUCUUCUAUAAUAAGAUCAGGUGAUGUCUUAAUCGUUGAAAAUCAAAAAGUACUGGAUAACUCAAAAUCUUCAAGUUUGGCAUCAAGUUGUUCAAAAAAACUUGUUAGAAAGGUUGUUCCUGCUGAUAAUUCAUGUCUUUUUGCUAGCUUGAGUUUUGUGCUUUUCAACUCAGAAAUUUAUGCAGAUGAUUUACGAGUUCUAGCAGCUGAGUGCAUUGCAGCUGAUCCAAUAACAUAUAAUGAUGCUUUUCUUGGAAAAUCCAACACUGACUACUGUCUUUGGUUAAAGCAGAAGGAUCACUGGGGAGGAGCAAUAGAGAUUAAUGUUUUGUCUACUCAAAAUGAGAUUGAAAUAAAUGUUGCAGAUAUUCAGUCAGGAAGAUUGGAUGUAUAUGGUGAAAAUAAAAACUACCACAAACGAGUGUUUCUUUUAUAUGAUGGAAUUCAUUAUGAUGCAAUAGGGUUAGAAGAGAAUGGAGUUAUUACAAAAACUGUGUUUCAUACGUCUGAUAUAAACAUACAAAUUGAAGCCCUUGCAUUAGCAGAAGAUGCAAAAAAGAAACGUCAGUACACCGAUCUGGCAGGCUUCACAUUACGUUGUUUAGUUUGCAGCACCCCACUCACUGGUCAAUCUCAAGCACAACAACACGCUAAAAUUACCGGUCACAUGAAUUUCGGAGAAGUUUAAAAAAAAAAGAAAAUUAUUUAUUAAAAUAAUAUUUCCAUUUGUUAUUUUUGUGCUAUUGUAUCUUAGUAAUUUCUGUAAUAUAUUUCACUUAAUCGAA